UGGAAUGUCUCAUGUUAGAAACUGGUUGUAGGUUGGAGUAGGUCCAGUGGUUGGUGCGCAACUUUCCUAACCCCCCUACUCAUUAUCUCACAAUGGCCUUCCCAUGAAAUCUCAUCCCCAGUAAAGUACAAAAAAUAUCACCAAGUUUUCCUGCUUCUCACCUCUCAAAACUCCCAAGAGUCUCAACUGCUCAGGUUCCCAUACUACCAAUAGUACUGCGGUAGUUCUCUUGCAUGAGUUUAAAUUGAACCAGUCUCUUCCAAAGCCUAUCAAACUUGCCUUUUAACCAGAACUCGGUUCCUCUAGAGGCCAUUGCAAUGGAGCAAAAGAAUGUGAAACUAGCCAUGGCCAUGGCUUGGUUGGUAGUCUUUGGUCUUGCAAACAAUAGAUGUUCCUGCAAAGUUGUGCAGUUCAUCUUUGGAGACUCCUUGUCUGAUGCCGGGAACAACAAUUAUCUAACCAAGAGCUUGGCUCGGGCAGCACUGCCGUGGUAUGGGAUCGACUUUGGCAGUGGAAUGCCCAACGGGAGAUUCUGCAAUGGUCGCACUGUUGCUGACAUAGUAGGAGACAGCAUGGGUCUCCCAAGGCCACCAGCAUUUCUAGACCCCUCACUGGAUGAGGAUACGAUACUUGAGAACGGAGUGAACUAUGCAUCUGGUGGCGGUGGAAUUCUGAACGAAACCUCUUCAUUGUUUAUACAGAGGUUUUCCCUCUACAAGCAGAUUGAACUGUUCCAAGGAACCCAAAAGUUGAUAAGGAUGAAGAUUGGUGAUGAGGCCGCCGACGAAUUCUUCAGAGAAGCUCGCUAUGUGGUUGCGAUGGGAAGCAAUGACUUCAUCAACAACUACCUCCUCCCUUUGUACACUGACUCAUGGACCUACAACGGAGAAACCUUCGUUAGGUACCUAAUAAGUACACUUGAGGCUCAGCUCAGACUACUGCAUAGCAUGGGGGCUCGGCAGCUGACGUUCUUCGGUCUAGGACCUAUGGGUUGCAUUCCAUUGCAGCGCUUCAUGACUUCCUCAGGGGGUUGUCAGCAGUCGACGAACAAACUUGCCAUGACCUUCAACAAACAAGCAAUCCAGCUUAUAGAGAACCUAUCAAGCAGCCUUCCUAAUGCCACCUUCAAAUUUGGGGAUGCAUAUGAUUUUUUCCAGCAGCUCAUCGAUCAGCCUUCCAAGUAUGGUUUUAACAACUCGGCUGCACCAUGUUGCUCCUUGGGACGGAUUCGACCAACUCUCACAUGCACUCCUUUAUCAACUCUAUGCAAAGACAGAAGCAAGUAUGUCUUUUGGGAUGAGUAUCAUCCGACAGACAGAGCUAAUGAGUUGAUCGCAAAUGAGAUCAUUAAAAAGCUUGGGUACAAGACAAUCAAUGGAACAGAGGCCACCAAUGGAACAGUGGCCACCAAUGGAACAGACCAUCCAUAGAAGUAUCUGCUCAAUACUUACUCCUUGUGUAACUUUUGCCAUAGUAGCAAAGCAGCUAUUGUAAUAACUUAAAAAUUUUCAUAUCAUAUAAAGGUUUCUUCCUUUCUUCCUUUC